AUGGCAUACAACAUUGACACGAUAAACCCCGAUGAUUUGGUGAUUGGGUUGAUCCAAAUUCCACCAGGGAAAUCUUCAACCGAACUUCUUGAUACAUCCAAUCCCGUGAUUGCCAAAUUCCUUAAAAAGUUCUGCAAACGGCUCGGUAAGAGCCCCAGUCAAAGGUUUAGUAAAAUACUCCCGACUGAUCAACGUUCGGGCCGAUUCGCUAUUUCCACCAAAGAUCCGAAUUCUGUUCACAUCCCUUUUGUUGGUAAAGGCUCUGGUGAUCGUUGGUUUUUGCGACACUUACCUACGCGACGUCUGACUCUGUUACAAUGCGAUUCACUUUCCGAUACCCAAUGGGACGUGUCGGUUGAAGAUCAGCCGGCUCCAAUCGACUCCAGCCCCCCGAAAAGACAACCUAAUACUUAUCCUGUUAGUCCGCAAUUGAUCACUUCCAGCGAUGACGAAUGUACCGAACUCCAGUUAAACGGUUCACCUGAGUGA